ACGUCUCUCUUCCUCUCUCUAUUUUUCUCUCUAAAAAUGGCCACCAAUCUCAUCCACUUCCGGCCCGCCAUCGCCGUCCCGUGCGCCGCCGCCAACCGGAAGCCCGACCAGCCCCGCACCUCCAAGUGGUGGAGCCCCCUCUUCGGUUGGUCCGCCGAUCCGGACUACAUUGACUCCAAUAAAUCCCCCGAGCCGGCUGAGGAGAACAAGCCGCCGCCGCCGCCGCCGCGAUCCCGGUUCGCGCCGGGCUGUUUCACGGAGGAGAAGGCCAAGCAGCUCCGGCUCAAGAUGAUCGAAACCGAGACCUUCCACGACGCCAUGUACCACUCCUCCAUCGCCACCAGACUCGCAUCCGAUUUUAAGAGCCGGUCCGAUCUCUGAGCCGGCGUGAACAAACAGCGCCUGGAUAAUCGGAUCGGAGUCAUUCCGGAGCCCCAGAUCAUCUAUUUUUAAUUUUUUUUUUCCAUAAAGUAGAUUCAAGGGGUUGAAACUGUCAAGUUAAGAAUGUUAUGUAUUUUGUGGUUCAUUUUAAUGUUGAAUUAAUUGCGUGAUUAAGCA